AUGGUUUCUUUAAUCAAAUCAAUCCCUGCUCACACAGAUAAAGCAUGGAGCGUCCAUUCCCAUAACACUUUGCCACUUUUGGCAACAGCCCUGAGUGACAAGACAAGUAAGAUCUACAAGCUCUCGAGGCGGAAAAACUUUCCCCAGAUCGCCAAACUUGAAGAGACUCACAAGAGAUCCGUGAGGGCUGUCAACUUCAAACCCCAUUUGACAUCGACGGAUACUCAGUUUAUCGAUCUUCCAGCGUUGGCUUGUGGCUCGUUCGAUUCAACUAUCUCUGUCUGGGGCAUCGAUGAACCAGAGGAGUUCUUGGAUAAUGAAGAUGAUAUGGACGAGGAAGAUGAAAGAGCAACAGAGGCCAGGAAGAGAAGAGAGGCCGACGUACUCACAAGCCCUACAAAUGAGUGGAAUCUUAUGGCAUUGAUAGAGGGUCACGAAAAUGAGAUCAAAUCGGUAGCAUGGAACAAGACGGGGAGGUUUUUGGCGUCCUGUUCGAGAGACAAGACUGUGUGGAUAUGGGAGACGGAUCCUGAAACAUUAGAGGAGUUUGAAUGUGUCUCUGUGUUGAGCGAUCACGAGCAUGAUAUCAAGCACAUAACGUGGCACCCUGCUCAGAACAUCCUAGCCAGCUCCUCAUAUGAUGAUACAAUAAGGCUAUAUAAGCAGGACGAUGACGACGAAGACUGGUCUUGCGUUGGAUUGCUCAAUGGCCACCAGGGAACUGUAUGGUGCUCUGCCUUUGAAGAUCCUCUGUCACCACUUGCAUCAAAUGACACUGUCAGACUUGUUUCCUGUUCUGAUGAUUCCACCGUUCGUAUCUGGACCAGUGCCGCCCCAGAGGAGACAGAAUCCUCAACGGGUUUACCUAGCUCAAUUAAACACCACAGCGCAGAGAUGCCCUGGGAGCUAGAGAAGACGCUUCCUCCUGUUCACAAGUAUGCAAUCUACUCUGUCGCCUGGUCCAAGUCUGGCAAAAUUGCCAGUGCGGGUGCCGAUGGUCAGAUUGCUAUCUACAAGUUUGAUGGAAAAGAUUGGCAGAUUGAUAGCGUUCAAAAUGCUGCCCAUGGGGUCUACGAGAUCAAUUGCCUCACAUGGUGUUUCUUAGAGGAUGGCAGCGAAGUGCUUGUCAGCGUUGGAGAUGACGGACACGUGAACAUAUGGGAAGCAUAA